AUUUUUAUUAGUUGAUGAAAAUGGCAGCCACUUUGUCAUUCCGCUGGCUCGAAAUUCUCGAAAAAGAAUUCGACAAGUCAUUUGUAGAUUUGGAUUUACUGCUUGGAGAGAUAGAUCCAGACCAAUGUGAACUCACAUUUGAGGGACGACAAAAAAUGACUGCACUGAGUGCCGCAUUCGCUCAACUGUGUCACAAAUCGCAAACCAUUUUCCAGUCAAAUGCCAAAAUAGAAGCACAACUGUUGGACAUGAGAUCUGGCUUGGCCCAGAUUAAAGCCUCCAAGACAAUGCUGGAGAAGGAACUAGGUGAUGUUUUACUGCAGCUACACUCAUCACAGUUACAGAGACAGGCAGAGAAAGGUGUAGAAAUAGACUCCUCAGUCAUCAAAAAGAAAGUGGAAGAAGAAAUGGAAAAGAGAAAGUCUAAAACAUCUGACUUACUCAUAAUGGAAUCAGAGAUGGCUGAACUUCGACGAGAAAAUGAUGAACUUCGUCAAUAUGUUUUGGCACUGCAGGGAGAAGUGUAUGGGGCAAGGCUUGCUGCCAAAUACCUGGAUAAGGAGUUGGCUGGAAGAAUACAACAGAUUCAGCUGCUAGGAAGAGAUAUGAGGGGAGCAGAACAUGACAGGUUAUGGAACCAGUUGGAGGCUGAGAUCCAUCUUCACCGCCACAAAACUGUGAUAAGAGCAUGUCGAGGACGAACUACACGCAAAAAGAAGCUCCCUGUCCCAGCAGGACAUGAUUUCCAAUCACUCAGGAAACAGCAUGGACUGGGAGAUGUUCGCAAGGUCGUGCUCAAUAAAGGAGAAGAUGAUGGACUGGGGUUAUCCAUAACAGGAGGUAAGGAGCAUGGUGUUCCUAUUUUGAUAUCAGAAAUCCACGAGGGACAGCCAGCAGAACGCUGCGAGUCUCUUUAUGUAGGUGACGCCAUCUUAUCAGUGAAUCAAAUAGAUCUACGAAAUGCCAAGCAUGCUGAGGCAGUUCAAGUAUUAUCACAACAACAAGGGGAGAUAGAACUAGAAGUCAUGUUUGUUGCACCAGAUGAGGACAGUGAUGAAGAUAAUAAUGAAUAUGAUGAUGAGAAUGGCUUCCGUUACCGUAUCUAUGAUGAGGAGGUACUUAGCAGUGGAAGUGAGGUGGACCGUCGAGAGCAACACAAGAUGCACCAGUCAAUGUCUGCCUCAGCAUCAGCUGACGGUCAGCCAAUGUCACCACCUACCCCAAAAUCUCCCAUGUCAACAAAUACAAGUCCAGGCAGGUCAAAUGUAGAGAGCACUUCUCCCCAGAAGAGCCCUAUACAUGAGAAUGGACAACGUAGUCCAGAACAACUACAAGUGGGCUCCCUAAAGUCCAAUAGCAUUCAAGUGGAAGGAACUGAAGAGGCCCCAACAUUCAACAGUGACUAUCGAUAGGGCUCGAACAUGCAUUGUCUACUUUAAUUUACUGUUACAUGUUUUACUAUGUACUCAAGAGGGAUCAAUCUUUAUUAAAGAUGAAGCCAAGGUUUGUCCAAGUUUUAGAUCACAUGUGUGAACAAGACAAAGAGCUUUUUCACAAUAGCCUAGCUGUUGCUAGCUUUCAAAAGAUUCAUUUGAAGCUAUUUAUAGGUCUUAAGAUUUGUAAGGAAAAUGAUAAGUCGUAACCUCUUCAAGUUCACAUUACUAUUCUAGUCAAUACCAUUGAAUGAUGACCUCAAGUUGAAAGAACAAUUUCAAUCACAGCUGUAUGAAUAUAAGAACAUGUUUAAUUUGCCAUUGCCAUUUGUGAUGGUCAUGUAGAGUAGAAAGAGAAGAGAACAGAUCAAACUUACAUAAAACCGACGGAGAUUAUGCAAUGUAGGCACUUGGUCCAUCUGUGAUCUCUACUCAAAUUGUAUGUGAUAUGAGGAUGUGAAGAAGGAAUUGUUUUGAUGUCUGGAAAAAUGUUUGUAGCUUUUCAUUUCAUCGAUAAUCCUUGGCUUUAUCAUGGUUUUAUUUUAGAAGCAUUCUUCAACAAGUCUUACAUUGAUGAAUAACUCUUUGUAUUGAUAAUAUUAAAUGGCGGCGUUUUAUGGUGAAUGCAGUUGGAAUGGUUGGCUGAUUACGAUGUACAUAAAGGAAAAAAACCUGUAGACAACAAUGAUUUAUAAACCUAAACAUACACGGAUAUUUUUGUUAAAUUGCAUGCAAAAUCUUACAGGUAUUUAACCUGUACAUGAAACCUUUAAUACAGACGUGUAUGAAUUAUAUUUCUAUUAACCACUAAAUCAGUGAUAUUGUGAUAGGUAUGGAUGACUAUCAAUUGUUUGUGGAUACAAAAUUCCUUUCAACACAAGAUCUCUGUCAAAAAAAUGCUAAAAUCAAAGUACACUUUUACAUAUGUAUUACAUGUAGAAUUAUGAAUUGUAUGGCAGAUACACAGGAUAUUAGCAUAUUUCAAUACAAAUUGUGACUCGGUGUGAAGAAAAAGGCCAUAAUCGUGUUUGAAAAAGUUAAACAUAACCAUUGAAUUGUAAUAAACUAUCACAAAUAUUACGCUUACUAUUAGGAUAAUACAGUGAAACCUGACUUUACCGACCAUUGACUUUUACAACAUCCUCUAAUGUCUGACCAUAUCCAUCAGAACGGUACUGUCAUUGCCAACACUGACUUUAACAACAUCUGACGAUAUUUAUCAGAAUGGCAACAUGCUCAGCUGUCAUUGCUAGCUCUGACCUUAUUGGCACACUGUUGGUUCAGUCUCAUACAGCGUUGGUAAAGUCAGGAUUUAUUGUAUUAUGUACAACACAAAUGAUGUGAUAGCGAGAUAAAGUCUUGUGGUUAUCUCAAGCAGUUGUUCAAUAAUACUGUAUAAUAAAAAAAAAGCUAUAUUUUGGCAAAUGUAUCACAGAAAUUCUGUUUUGGGAAAUGUUUUUCUAGGAACUGCAUCAAUUUGAACACAAGAAAUGUUUUUAUGAUACAUAGAUAUGUAACGUCACCAUUCCAAACACGUUCAGCUUGAGGAGUUGUGUCCCCUGGUAUGGUAAGAGGGGUGAUUUUAACAGUCUUUCUGGUUCUGUUAUAUGUGAUGUAUUGUAACUGUUUGUAAGCACUUUGUUUGUGUGUAUUUGUACUUUUGUUAAAGGAUGUGACCAAUGUCCUACAUUUGGUUACAAUAUAGAACAUAAUUGUAUAAUCCAGUUUUUUCUCAGAUAUUUAGUGUUCUUAUGAUACAUGUAUUAAUAUAUGUAUUUAUGUGCGUGUGCAUUUCACUACAUAUUGUUUUUUGUGCCAUUUUUUUAUGGUGUGAAAUUGGGAAGACUCAAAAGAAAUCAUAUACAUGUACAUGUAUUAUUUAAUUAGUAUGAUACUAGUGCUUUUGAUUGGAAAUGUGUAUCUUCAAAAACGUAACUGCUGAAGAUGUUUGGAUCGUUAUUUAUCAGGUACAAGCUAAUAUAAGACAAUCAUACCUAAUUAACGAUAAAUCGAUGAUGGCACUUAUAUCUUCAUAUGAACACAAUUUUGAUAUUUUUAGAUAGAGAAGAUAGCUUAUUUAUAUUAAAUUUAUUCUUCUUCAAAACUGCUAUUUUAUUUUUAGGUAUUUUAGAAGCACAUGUAAUACAAAUAUUUUUUUACUUAAAGAGGAUAGAGAUGGUUUCUGAUCAUUUCCUUAUAACUUUAUGAUUUAUAUUUUGUUUUAUAGACAUAAUAUUAAGAAAGAUAUAUUCAUAUCAUGUUCCAUACAUGUUCAACUUGAUUCUUGAGAAAUUAGUUUGUUUUCUUUCUCUAAGUUUUUAAUAUAACUUACCAUCAUAAGUUUAAUGCGAUAGGAUCUAUUGGACAACACCGAAUCUCAAUUGCUAACAAAUUAACAAAUCUGAUCUUUUUUCAAUAGUCUUUCACGUUUGAGAGUAACUUGUAAUACCAAAAUUAUACAUAAACACAAACUUAAUGUAUAAAAAUUUGUUGAAUAUGUCAAUGUUAUAAAUUUUGUAUUAAGUCAACUUUUUUGUGGAACAGUGGCAAACACAGAACAUUGAUUUUAAAUCAAAGAUUUUAGUAAACAUGAAAAAUCUAAAUAUUUGCUUACAUAAAAGAUGUAAAAUAAUGUAUAGUUAAGUAUUUUCUUUCAUAUUCUUAUCAAUUGAGUUCUAUACCAUGAAAAAAAACACACAAAAAAAUGUUAUAAUUUCGCAGCUAUAAAAUUUGAGGUGUUCAUUCUACAAUUUUCUUGUCAUACAAGUUACAAAAAGUAAAAUACAUCAGUAUUUUCUUUUCACUUAGACACAUUUCUGUUUUGUGUCGCAUGUACAGAAUUAAGAGAGAUUUAUGAGGUUCUACCUAGAUAUUAGGUAAGCACUUUUUUGUGUCAAAAUGUUGUACUUGUAGUUAUGAAUGCGUGCCAAGAAAAUUAAGAUUCCUACAUUUGUUGUUCAGUAGCAAACCAUGUGAUAAGGCAUGUGCAAUAGUGAAAUGGUUAAAUGCACAUUUUAAUUGUGCUCAAAGAGAAAUGUAUGUAUCCUGAAAUGCUUGUCUUUGUUUUGAUCACAACUUGAAAUAUAGCUGAAUUAGAAUUUUGUAUUGUAAAUUUGAUAUUGCUGCUUAAAACAAAUUACCAUAUUAUAUGAUCCAAUCUUAAGCUCACCUGGCCUGAAGGGAUCUGACCUAUAUUCAAGGUUACAUUUUAACACAUUCUUCUGGUUAACCAAUUAAUAUACCUAGAAGCACGGUUAACCAAUAGACCUAGAAGCAGGGUUAACCAAUAGACCUAGAAGCACGGUUAACCAAUAUACCUAGAAGCAGGGUUAACCAAUAGACCUAGAAGCACGGUUAACCAAUAUACCUAGAAGCAGGGUUAACCAAUAGACCUAGAAGCACGGUUAACCAAUAUACCUAGAAGCAGGGUUAACCAAUAGACCUAGAAGCACGGUUAACCAAUAUACCUAGAAGCAUGAUAUUUGGCUGAAAGGUUCCUGGGAUGGAGCACCACAAAGUUUGCGAGAAAAGAACAUUAACCAAUAUUCAAGGUUAAUGAUGAGAGAUAAGAACGUUGACCUAAUAUUCAAGGUUUUACUGAGAGUAAUGGGUCAAAUUUGUUAAAACAUUCAAAUUACCUCUCAAUGGGGUCAAACGACCUCUUCUUACAAACCAAAGGCCUAGAAUCAUGGUAUUUGACUGGUAGGUUCCUGGAAUGAAGUCCCACAAAAUUUUCAGAAAGACAUGACCUUGACCCAUGUCAAGGUUAAAGGGGUGAAAUUUGUUAUGCCCUUUAAAACGACUUCUGCUGGGUAACCAAAGGGCCUAGAAGCAUGAUAUAUGGCUGAUAGAUUGUUACAAUGAAGCCUGACAAAAUUUGCGAAGUAAAAUGACCUUGACCCAUACUCAGGGUCACAGUGGUUACAUUUGUUGAAAAAUUCAAACAGCAUUUUCUCACAAACCAAAAGGCCUAGAAUGAUGAUAUUUGGCUCACAGGUUCUAGAAGGGAGCCCCAUAAAAUUUGUGAAAACAAUUGACCUUGACCCAUAUUCAUUGUCACAGUGAUCAAAUUUGUUAAAACAUUUAAAGUAUUUUCUCUGAUUAUACUGAAAGACCUAGAAUCAAGUUCUUUUGAUGAGAUAAAAGGCAGAGAAUCAUCAAACAAAUGAAUACCAGGUGAGCAAUACAGGCCAAUUUGACCUCUUGUCCUCCACAAGAAUGGGAGGAAUUGGUGUGGAAUAUAGUUUAUCAGUGUAGAAACCACUCAAUCUAGCUUGAAUUUCACAAGUAUCAUAUGAAAUAAAAACUAAUUUCUAAUUUUGCUAGUAGUCUUAGCAUUGAUCAAAACGUUUGAAGUAUAAGGGAUGGUUGGUUUCUUAUUCAGGGGGUUAACAGUAUAUAUUUCACUCAGGAAGAAAUUGGUUCUCUCUUAUGAAAAAUGGUAUAACUGAUACUGUAUUGUUGCAAAGUCAUGUCCAGAUAAAAAAAAACAAUCAAGUUUCUCAAGAUGGAGCAUUGCUGUUUCAGGAUUGAUAAUUGGUAUAAAAUCUGCUAUUUAAUUUCCCCAAAAACUUGAUCCAAGCAAAUUUCGAUUCUUUAUUGCCAUUAGGUAAAAUGUAUAAUCCAGUUUACAUCAAUUGUAAACCAUGUGCUUCAUUUUGUCUGUCUGAUAAUUUGAUAAAAAAUUGAUGCAUGUACAUGUAUUUGCUUUUUCAGUAGGAAUAAUUUCAAAUCAUCAUGUACCCCUUGUUUAUCCUCAAGUUAGGCACCUCCCCUUGUGUAAAAGUUUAGUAUCAAAGUUUGAGGAGGGCUCAUUUGUGAACCACCUUUAGCUUUAUAUUUUAAUAUUGAUGAUUCUGCAAAAAAAGAAUAAGAUGGAUUAUUUGUGGGCAGGGGCUUAUUGGGGAUAAAUAUGGUUACCUCUUUUCUUUAAAAAGCAUGAGGUUUUACAUUUUACAUUCAAUAGGAUAAUUGUGGAAAUCAAUCUCGUUUCUGAGAUAAAGAUCAUUUGAGGAUGAAUGGUAUCUACAAAGCUUCAUGUGAUAAAAUAACAUGACAGACAUAAUUGAUACUAUGGACAUAUAAAAAGACAUUUAGUGCUGUUAUAUUUAUCCCUUUGCCCAUCACUUUUUCAUAUUUCUCUUCUAUCUAUCUGUCACUCAAGUCUACAAUAUUAAGAAUUGGAUGUUUAUCUUCCAUAGAAGUUAGUUUAAGGUUUGAGAUUGUGUUUAAUGAAGUGUUUUUCUGAAACACCCACUUCAUCGUGAAACAUUCCUAUCUGUGUUAGGUCAGGAAUUUCACCCAAGUCGCUAUCAAUUGAGCAAUAAUGGACACAGGGACUUGACAUGAAUUUCCAGUCAUGGUCCAUAUAUACCUACUGGGUAUCAUACAUAUAUAGACCGAGGAUGGUGGUUUUGUGGCAAGUACCUGUGUUAACAAAGACAGUACUAGAAUUUCCUGAUCAGACUUCAUGUUUUGUUUGUUUUUUUGUUUUGUUUUCUUAUUCUAAUUAUUGUAGAUUUCAAACAAAAUAAGUCAAGUAUUCAAUACUGUUUCUGCUGCUGUUGCUGCUGCUGUCACAUCAUCCAAUUGCAAAGUAUGACAUUUUCUUUAUUGUGGAAAAGAACAUAGGAAAAUUGCAUCCCACAUGACUUUUCUGUAACAUAUAUCUGUAUCGACUCAUACACUGAAACUUACUGACAGGUAGAACUGAUAGAAAAAGUAAACAAACCGAUGAAGAUUACAAAUGGAGAACAAUGGCUGAUUUUCACCUGGACAUAUAACAGAUAUAAUCAUUUCCCAAAAGUAUUACUUCAUUAAGUUUCUACUGGAGUACAAACUUACUCUGUCUUGUGUUAAGACACUGCCUUCCUAGAUUUGAGAAAUCCGUACAACUCACCACCACUUUAUAUGUAAAACACAUUGUGGUACUUUAAACUGUUAUAAUAAUAAUACUAGAACAAAGAUUGAAAUGUCAUAAUGUACAAGAUGAGGAAUCCAUACAUACAUUGUUAAGUGUGUUUUUGAUGAUACUUAAUUAUAAUUAAGACGAAGAAAGUGUUUGUUUUUUUUGGGUUGGGGGGGGGGGGUGUAAUGUUGAUUUGACAGGAUUUGUACAUUAAUUCAGAACAAACUGAUGGAAUAUGAGACCAAUGGAUUUUAUGAUUAAAUAUGUAGUUUUGUAGUUUUGUUUACUUUGAAUAUGUAAAACAAAGAUAUUCAUCUCUCUGAAUUUUAUCGGUGGAUUUUGGUAAACGUGAAUUAUAUGAUGUACACAGUGAAUUUUUCUUAAAUGUUAAGUAUGCUUAAUGUGAUGUUUCAGAGCAUCUCAAACUUAAAUUUUUUAUCAAGAGCUAUGAUACAGAAAUUAAUUUUUAGAUUGUAUGGGAGAACCAACACCCCUAAGAUGAAACAUCACCAACAUCAUAUAUAUGCUCAGCUUGUCACAAAAAUGUAAUAAAAGUGUCCUAAAUACACAAAACAGAGAGGUAGUAUGAAAUCUUCUGGAUUCAAUUAUUUAUUUAUUCACUUCAAAUUUAAAAGAUGAAAUGAAUAAUUUGAAUCUUUAGAGGGCGAUAAAAGCAUAAAUUAUGUAAUAUUUGCUAUUGCAUAAAGAUAUACAACAUAUACAUGUACUUGUUUUCAACCAAUCGUAAUUAUGCUUUGUGGAAUAUGCAAUACCUCUCAAAUAGUGGGAAUGAAUUUUGGACACUGUUAUAUCAGUUCAUUAAAGAUUAAUUGUUAUUUUCAACCUAACAUGGAAUGUAAAGAAUUUUUUAAUAAUAAUAAAUUUACUCUGUUACAGUUGUCAUAUGAUAAAUAAAUGUAAUUCAGAUUGUUAGGAAUCUUCAUACCAUAAUAGGAUUGUAAGUUAGAAUUUACCUGGUUUUCUGUAAAGGUUAAUAUAAUCUAGCAUAAUUCAAUCAUUUGGACAUAAGCAUAAUUGUAAUCAAUACAUUUUUGAUAUCUUAACAUAGUUGGUCAUGUCUGGUUGCUACAUUUUGUAAGGAUCAUUUGCUUGUAUCUGUGAACAUUGGUUAUACUAUAACAAUUGUUGGGAAACAUUCGUCAUUAUUAGCGGAUUGUAAAUAAAUGUUGAUGGAUUAUA